AUGUUAUUUGUGUUGUGUUUAUUAACUCUUAGUAAUGCAUAUCUUAUAUUUGAUGGAAAAGACUUCUUUGAUUCUUGGGCAAUAUUUAAUACUGCUGGAUUAAACAUCGAAUUAAGUAAGAACUCAACUACAAACUACUUAAGUGCAAAGCUUCGUUGUUGGGAUACUAUUUAUGUACAAAGAACAUCAAGCAUUGAUACGUCUGCUUCAAAUUUCUUUUCAUAUGAAAUAUACUUCAAAUCAGACCAAGUUAAAACAAUGAGAUUUAGAACACGUUUAUUCUCAUCUGCCUACAACCAACAAACAGAAACUGAAUUAAAACCAUAUGACUAUAUAGUUAAGUCUGGAAUUGCUACUAAGGUUUAUGUUCCAUUGAGUUAUGAAGAUGAAAAAAAUACAUUACAAACAUUCUCCAUACAAAGAAUAGAAACAACAGACGAACCAAUCACAUUCAAAAUUAAUGCUAUGACUCUUGAAGCUGAAGGUGUUCCAACACCUAACAAUGAAGUUUAUAGUGAAUCUGAUGAACAAAGUAAAAGUGAAGAAACAUCAAUAGAUGGAAGUAAUGCACUUGCCAUUGUUGGGUUGUUAGCAGUCAUCACGUUGAUUGCAUUUUAA